AUGGCUCGGCCGAGAGACUCGCGCUCACCAAGUCCUGCAGGCAGCACCCAUAGCUCUCGCCGUCGCCGCAAUGAUGAUCGUCGAGCUAGGGAUCGACGUAAUGACGGACGGGACCAUCGGCGACGUAGCAGAUCACGCAGCCCAGAUGUGAGAAGGCAAAAACCUAACCUUGGCCGGUUUUAUUCUGACGAUCUUAUCCAUGAACAGCCCAGAAACCGCGAUCGCGAAAGAGAGAGGGACCAUGGGCGAGAGCGAGAUUAUUAUCGACGGAGAGACCGUUCUAUAGACCGGCGCGACGACAAUUAUUACCGAGGUGGACGACGAGACCACCGCGAAAGAGAUCGGAGGAGAUCCCGACAACGCUACGAUGAUCGCAAUCGAUCACCCGAUAGGCGACAUAACCACAGCCGAGAAGGUGAUCGAGAUGUGAGAAGGCGAGACGACUCCCGCAACCGCACCCCUGGGCGCCGUGAGGGUACGGCUGACUCCCUUACUCGCAGCAUUCGUGAAGACGGUAGAACACAGAAGAUCUCACUUGGCGACAGUGGGAAACCCGAUACUGAGGAGGUUCGAUUGCAAUCUCUCUUUCAUGAAAGUGUUACUGAUAGAUGUCAAUUGCAGGCACCCAAGGCAGGUUCUGGACAGUCAGAGGUUGACAAGAAGGCUGAGCGAUUAGCCAAACUCGAAGCAUGGAAGAAGAAGAAAGAGAAUGCUAGCCAGAAACAAAAAGAAGUAAACCCGAGCCAGACAAGGAACCUCUUGGCUGAAAUGGACAAGAAAGCGAGUGGGGCGUCCUCAAAAACAGUUUCUCCGUCAGUUUCUGUGAAUGCUUCGCCAGCUGCAACACCGACUGUUGCUUCACCUGUCGUCCCAUACUCUGGCAAGUUUGACCCUAAGGCCAUCGCAAAGAAAUCGGCAGCUUCCCGGACACACGAAGGCGUUAAACCAGCCUUGGGCUCUCUGGAGGGGCAGCCCGAAAAGCUUCCAGUCCCUGCCAAGCCCUCAGUGCCUGUAAAACCGUCUACCAGCGCAUCCGCUCUCCCUGCGAAUCGAACAAAAGCUAGUGGGUUUGGAUUUGUGAAGAACAGCACAGAAACUGACAAGCUCCCCACUAAACGAAAACUUGAUUUGGAUGAAGAAGACACUACUAAACGAAAACUUACUAAGCUUCCUGCCCUGCCCAUCGAAGCUGAUGACACUCCAUAUGCCGAUCAGGACGAUGAUGAAUCUGAUGGUGACAACUUUGCGGAGACUGAAGAGGAGGCCGCCGCUGCUGCUCGUGCAGCUCAUGAGAGACGGUUGCAGGCAGAGAAUCAAAUGGAUACGGGUGGAGAAGAGUCAAAGACGACCGAAACCCAGAUCAAUGGAGCUGCCAUGUCAAACACCAACGCCGCUGAACCCAACACCACCACAAAUAUGGAAAUUGAUGAGGAGGAGAAUAACGUUGAUCCACUGGAUGCAUUCAUGGCUGAUCUUAAGCAGACAGACGUGAAACAGCCGGCUAGGGCAUCCAAAGCGCAAAAGAUCCAGGAGCCGGAGGCUUACUUCAGCGACGAUGAAUAUGAUUUCAAUAAGAAGGACGCGGGUGACGCAAACGCCUUACUAGCCAUGACUGCGAAGCGAAAAAAGAAAGACAUUCCGGCGAUUGAUUACAGCAAGAUCGAAAUUGAACCUAUUCGCAAAAACUUCUGGGUCGAGCCAGCUGAACUCAGCCAACUCACAGAGGCCGAGGUAGCUGAUCUUCGCCUAGAACUCGAUGGCAUCAAGGUCAACGGCAAGGAUGUUCCCAAGCCCGUUCAGAAAUGGGCUCAAUGUGGUCUGACGCGACAAACACUCGACAUCAUUGAUAACUUGGGCUUUGAGAAACCUACCCCCAUCCAGAUGCAGGCUCUUCCUGCUCUCAUGUCGGGCCGCGAUGUCAUCGGCGUGGCGAAGACUGGUUCGGGAAAGACAAUGGCAUUCCUGCUUCCCAUGUUCCGGCAUAUCAAGGACCAGCCUCCACUGAAGGAUACAGAUGGGCCUAUCGGAUUGAUUAUGACUCCAACACGAGAACUUGCAGUCCAGAUUCAUCGAGACUGCAAACCUUUUCUCAAGAUGAUGGGUCUUCGAUCUGUCUGUGCCUAUGGUGGAGCGCCCAUCCGAGAUCAGAUUGCUGAACUCAAACGUGGCGCGGAAAUCAUUGUGUGUACACCUGGUCGAAUGAUCGAUCUUCUAGCUGCGAACCAAGGGCGGGUCACUAAUCUCAAACGAGUGACAUAUGUUGUUCUUGAUGAAGCCGAUCGAAUGUUCGAUAUGGGUUUCGAGCCUCAAGUCAUGAAGAUAUUCGCAAAUAUGCGACCUGAUAGGCAGACUAUCCUCUUCUCGGCUACGAUGCCUCGCAUCAUCGACUCACUGACCAAGAAGGUACUCGAUAAUCCUAUCGAAGUUACAGUGGGCGGCCGCAGUGUUGUGGCAAAGGAGAUUGAUCAGAUCGUUGAAGUUCGAGAUGAGCCAUCCAAGUUCCUGCGUGUUCUCGAACUGCUUGGAGAGCUCUACGACCGUGACGAGGAUGCCCGCACCCUCAUUUUCGUGGAACGUCAAGAAAAGGCGGACGAUUUAUUGAAAGAGCUUAUGAUCAAGGGUUACCCCUGCAUGUCCAUUCAUGGAGGUAAAGAUCAGAUUGAUCGUGAUUCUACCAUCUCAGACUUCAAGAAGGGUGUCGUGCCUAUCUUGAUCGCUACUUCGGUGGCAGCUCGUGGUCUUGAUGUCAAGCAACUCAAGCUCGUUAUUAACUACGACGCACCGAACCACUUGGAGGAUUAUGUCCAUCGUGCUGGCCGAACUGGCCGUGCUGGCAAUACUGGUGUCGCUGUCACGUUUGUCACGCCAGAGCAGGAGAACUGCUCUGUCGGCAUUGCCAAGGCUCUUGAACAGAGUGGGCAGCCGGUGCCAGAAAGGCUCGACGAGAUGAGGAAAGCUCAUCGUGAAAAAGUGAAAUCUGGCAAGGCCAAGGAUACCUCUGGCUUUGGCGGCAAGGGUCUCGAUCGUCUUGAUCAGGAACGAGAGGCUGCCCGCCUCCGCGAGCGCAAGACCCACAAGGCCGAGGGCGAGGAGGAGGAGGUCAAAGAAGAUAAGAAGGAAGAGGAGGACGAUAAGGCAGAGAAGGCUCUCAGUGCGAUCCGCGCAGCAGCGUCAGGCGUUCAAGCGCGCGAGUCAGCAAAGGCUGAAGGUGCAGAAGUCAAGCCUACUCAGCAGGCAACCAUUACUGUUGGAGUAAAAGACAAGUCCAAAGACCCGCUCGACAAGGUCAGCUCAGCUGUGUCCGCCAUCAACAGCCGCCUCGGAAAGGCUGGCCAACUUCGUGCUGGUCAGCCUAUCGACAACAAGGGCCCAGAUGCUGGUGCAUUCCAUGCCACAUUAGAAAUCAACGAUUUCCCUCAAAAGGCCAGAUGGGCUGUCACCAACCGAACCAACGUCGCCAAGAUCCUGGAAGCUACAGGUACAUCGAUCACAACAAAGGGCAACUUUUACCCACCAGGUAAAGAGGUUCCCGCUGGAGCCGAACCCAAAUUGUACAUUCUCAUCGAAGGCGAUACCGAAGUUGUUGUUGGAUCCGCUCUCAGCGAACUCACGCGCCUAUUAAGAGAAGGAACAAUAGCUGCUGCAGAUGCUGACAGUCGAGCACCAGCCAGUGGGCGCUAUACAAUUACCUAG